UCCUCUCCGGCCACCGUGGCGGCAAUAUGGCUGCGCCCAUGGAGAAGAAGGCGCAUUCCAGAGCAAAGAGAGCCGACCCCAGCUCGCUCGCUCGCUCAUGGACCGCAGCGCGGAGUUCGGCCGGUGGAAGGCGCAGAGUCUGAGCAAGGCGGACCUUAGCCGCAAGGGCAGCGUGGACGAGGACGCGGUGGAGGUGGUGGAGCUCCUGAACUCGCGGGAAGAGUUUUUCACCACCAGCUCCUGCGCAGGGCGCAUCCUCCUUCUGGACGGGAGCGCAGAAGGCUCUGGAGUUCAGAAGCAACACUGCUGCUGGCUGCUGGUCACACACAAACCGUGUGCAAGAGACGAUGUGAUGGCAGCUCUGAAGGGUGCAACCAGCGAAGCUGUUUUGAAGUUUGAACCUUUUAUCCUCCAUGUGCAAUGCCGGACCCUGCAGGACGCACAAACCCUGGCUGUGCGGAGUACACAUGGAUUGGAAGUCCCAUUAACCCACAAGGGAAAGCUGAUGGUAACAGAGGAGUAUAUCGAGUUCCUGUUAACCAUAGCAAAUCAGAAAAUGGAGGAAAACAAGAGAAGAAUUGGGAGGUUUUAUAACUGCCUACAACAUGCUGUCAAACGAGAAACCAUUUCAAACUCACAUUCCAAGAUCAAAGAGAGAAAUAACCCACUUUGUACUCAUAAGAAUAGGCAGAGCCAAGGAAAAGCACAGAGCCCAUCGACCACUGAAGACAACGGGAGGGAGCUAGAAGACGGUGAUGGCCUGGAAAUCAGUGCUGCACUCUUCCUGGGAGACGACUGAGGCCUGGCACAGUGUCGUCUCUGGUGCAUGGUAUAAGGCUGCUCUUUACAAGAGUAUCAAGGCUUGCUGAGGGCAUCAACCCUACAGGAGGCAAGAGUUAAUGUCUCUGUUUUAGAGAAACUUCAGUGUAAAUGGCUUUUCAAAGUAUCUUUGUAUAUGUUUGCUCUCUGAAGACUGCUUUUUUAAGCACAUUAGGAGUCACUCUACAAAUAAACUUAAAGCUUCUUGUGUCUAUUUAUGUCAAAUAGGAAAAGCGAGGUUACUUCUUUUCUGAGGUGGCCUCAGCAUCAUGAGCAUUUGGGUUGGAGCCAUGGGAACAACCUCACUCCAACCCUGAGCCUUUCUUACGGAGCAGCUCAGAAUUUGCAUUUCUUGCCCUGGACAAGUGUCUCCUCUCACUUUGGCCAUGUGGGUAAAAGUAACUGAUAUACAUGUCAGUAUUUUGUUCAGGGAAAUACUUGUGCCUUCUGUCUACUUUGUCUCUCACCACCAGAGCUUGCUGCUAGCAGCUGCUGAGACACAUGGGUGUAGCUUUUUCUAAGCUUGCUUGGGCAUGAUCACCAAGACACAGACAUGCACAUAAACUAGAACACAUGUGCCGGGACAGCUUGAAGGGUCAGGACGUGCGUUCUGACGUCAGAGGGCCUGGAGCAAACCAUUCAUUUUGUGGGUUUCCAUUUCUUCUGCACAAAUUCUAACACCUGCUGUGCUCGCACUUGAGGGAUGACUGGAUCAGAUAGGAAGUGAGCAUUGACCAGCAGUAGUCUAUUGCAGCAUUACCAUUUUUCCUCAUUGAAGGGAAGGUGACUUCAUUGUUUUCAAAUGUACCAGUCAUGAAGAUGACAUUGACAGCAUCAGGGAGCAUCAUGGGAGCAGAGGCCAUCUCUAGCUUUGGCAGCAGGAGCUUGAGGCAACUUGUCACAUUGCAUCCGUAGUCAGGGAGCCCAGGGGAUGGUGCCGCCCACAUCAGAAUGGAUCUUCUUGAUUAAACCUCAUGAAACAGUCACCAGAGGUAUGUCUCCUGGGUGAUUCCAAAUCUCAUCAAAUUGAGUAAAUUAACUGUCACAAGUUCAACCUUUGUCAGUCAGAUGUCCAAACACAUUGCUUUUUAAACUUUUAUUAGGAUGUAUUUUAUUAGCUCUGGUUAUACAUCUAUGUGCUUGAGUGUGGAUAUGAACACAUAUGAACAGUUGCCCAUACAGGUCAGAAGUUUGAGAAGCCCUGGCGCAGACAAGUAUGAUCUGCUUAACACAAACACAUCUCCUGAGUCAGGUGAUUUCAAAUACUGGCAAGCUGGAAACAGAGUAACCGUAACCGUCAUCUUUAUUUUUCUUAAAUAUGUAAAUAAAGUCGAUCAAGUCAGCAUUUUAGGAGCCCUUCCUAACAGGCUUAUUCCAGAUAGCACGAAAAGAAGCCACAUGUGCAGAGGCUGUAACAGACCUCCCCUGUAGAUUUCUUGUGGAUUCCUUAGAUGAGCAAGCACCUGUGAUACUGUCUACGCUCAAGACAAUGCU